AUGCUCAACGUGAGCUUUGUUGUUCUUAAAUUGUUGUUUCAAUUCGGUCGGAUUUGUUGUCGGUCCAAACGAAUUCGAUCGAAUGCGGUUUUGGUUUCUGUCCUAACCGCUCGGAACCGCGGAGAUGCCGGAUCCUCACGCCGCCGAGAGGAGAUAGCGCGGGGGAAGAGACCCGUCGUCGAGCCCGAUGACGACUUCGUGGAGGACUCAACGAUGCAGGACGCACCAUUUCCUGAGACACCGGGAGACGACGAGCCCGAGGACACUGUCACGGCGGUCGAGAUGCAGCGCCUCCGCACCCUCCUCGACAUGAAGUUCGUCGGGACGCGAUAUGCCGACAGAGGCACGAUGCAGACGCUCCGCAUCGACGAGGACAUCGACGAGAUGUUCCACAACCUAGGGAUCCACCGAGUCAUGUUCCAGCAGCACGAGGCUUACCGGAAGGCGACUUGCCUUUUCCUUGCCACUCUCGAGCACGAGUCUUGCGUCGCCGGCCAGACCACACCUUAUGGACUUGGAGAAGUUUGA